AUGCGAAGUCUUCGGACUGGCCCUGUCUCUGAAUUCAAACUCACAUCGACGGAUUUCAUUGCUCACCCAAAUCAUACUGGAGAAAACAACGACUGGUGCUUGAUCAAGUUUACCGAUUCCAUUGAAUCUGCUGACGUGGAUAAAAUCGUAUCUGCUCCUUGUCUACCAUCGGAAGUACCCGCCCACGGAACUGAAUGUUGGAUAGCUGGUUUUGGGAAAACCUCAAAAAACAAGCCAUCCAAGACACUAAAGUCGGCGGGCAUAUAUCUGCUGGACCAAGAAUAUUGCCGAAACAACUCAGUUUAUGAAACGCUUCAUGAAGAUGACAUUUGCGCCGGCUUACCUGACUUUGACGGCAAUGGACUCACUGAUGCUAAUACUGGCGCUUGUCACGGAGACUCCGGAGGUCCCCUGAUCUGCGAUGUUGAUGGAAAAGCAACGCUUGUUGGAGUCGUCAAUCGAAGCAGAGGGUGCGCAGAAGAAGGAGCACCAACAAUUUACGCAUCUAUCACGCAUGCACUUUCCUGGAUAAAAGAUAAUGUGCCGUCAAUGUAG